AUGACUCCAUCAUUGAAAUCUCGUGUCCAAGGCGCCAUCUGGGGCGUCUGCGUAGGUGACGCCCUCGGUGGCCCCGUACAAUUCAAAGACCCAGGAACAUUCCAGCCGGUCAAAUACUUACGAUAUGUCGCGCCCUUCGACCAACCAGCUGGAUCCUACUCCGACGACGGGUCUAUGACUCUAGCCCUGGCAUGCUCCUUCUCCAAGUCCGAGAUGCAAUAUAACCAAGAGCUAUCAGUUCGGCACUUUGUCGACUGGCUGACCACAGGCCGUUUUGGCACUGCCAAUCACUCGUGGGAUGUAGGGCGCUCUACUCGCACCUCCCUGAACACGUGGAUAAAGUUUGGCAUUGAGGAAGGAGACUUCGAAUUUGCCCAGACGAUGGUUAUUGGCAGAUUAAAUUACCCUGAGCACUCAGGGAAUGGGAGCUUAAUGCGGAUUGUCCCGAUUGGUUUGGCUUACUGGUACGAUUCUGAAACGGCAAGGGAAGUGGCCAGAAGACACAGCCAGGUCACCCAUCCUUCGCUCGCGUGUGUGGAAGCGUGUGAGGCGUACACAGAGCUGGUGUGUAAGAUUAUGAAUGGUCAGACGAAAAAACAGCUCUUCUUCGCGCUCUCUCAGUUCCCAUUUACUCAACCUGAUCUGGAGAAGCGCAUGUCGCGGUACAGAUACAAAACACUCAACGACUGGAAACUAAAGGAGCCUAGUGAUAUGACGAGUAGUGGAUGGGUUGUUGAUACACUUGAGUGUGCCCUGUGGGCGUUCUUCAAGUAUGAUACCUGGAAGGAGGGAGCUUUGGCAGUCGUCAAUCUGGGUGGUGACUCGGAUACCGCAGGGGCUGUUUAUGGAGGUUUUGCGGGCUGCUUCUAUGGGUUUGACUCUAUUCCUCCUUCAUGGGUGGAAGGAAUGAAAAAUAAAGGGGUUAUCGAAAGUAUUACAGAUACUUUUGCUAAUGGGAUUGCUUGA